UCCUCCUAAAGGGAAUGACGUCAGGUUAGAACCCCUGGAAAGCGUCUGGACGUCCCCGAAUCCCGGCGCUUUAACUUCUUAGGCCUCGGUCCCCGGACCCCAGAGCGGGGGCUUCUCAGGGGCAGACCACCUGCUACCAACUGCGCCGUCCCUUGUGCUGGCUGUUUGCUCGCUAUGCCUCCGCCGCGAGGUGACGUGACCGUCUUAUUCCUGGGGCCUCCGGGCUCCGGAAAAUCUGCGCUGAUUGCAGCGCUGUGCGACAGAGAUGUGGAGACGGUCGAGAUCCCCGACGGACGGCCGGAUUCCGGGCUCCCCAGCCUGCGAGCUGCAGGCCCAGGCCUUUUCCUGGGCGAGCUGAGCUGCCCACCCGCAGAGCCGGGACCCUGGGCGGCGGAGGCCAAUGUGCUGGUACUGGUGCUGCCAGGCCCCAAGGGCAAUGAGGAGCCCUUGGCCCCGGCCCUGGGGGAGGCAGCACGGGCCGCCCUGGCCCGAGGGACCCCGCUGCUGGCUGUGUUGAAUCUCCGACCCGAGGAGUCACAGAAUGAAGCCCAGGCCCGGGAUCAGACCGCGGCCCUGCUGGACAGCGCCGGGUUGGGCGCCGCGGCUCUCUUCGUGCCACGGACCGACUGCCUCAGCACCGACGGCUGCGAGGAGCUGGAGCGCCUGCGAGCGGCGCUGCGGAGCCAGGCCGAGGCACUGCAGAGGCUCCUUCCACCAGCUCAGGAUGGCUUCGAGGUGUUGGGCGCUGCGGAGUUGGAGGCUGUGCGGGAGGCCUUUGAGACUGGGGGCCUGGAGGCGGCCCUGUCGUGGGUUCGGGCUGGCCUGGAGCGACUGGGCAGCGCACGCCUGGACCUGGCCGUGGCCGGUAGGGCUGACGUGGGCCUUGUGUUGGACGUGCUCCUCGGGUUAGAUCCUGAAGAUCCGGGUGCAGUGCCUGCUGCAGCGCCUGCAGGGCCCACGCCCUACCCGGCCCCAGAGCGCCCCAACGUGGUGCUCUGGAGCGUGCCUCUGGGCUCCGCGGACACCACCGUCGCCCAGUGCCCGACCACCCACUACGACGCUCUCAUCCUCGUCACCCCUGGGGCCCCCACUGAGAAGGACUGGGCCCAGGUCCGGCCCUUGGUGCUCCCGGAUACACCGCUGGUCUGCGUGCGAACAGACGGCGAGGGCGAGGACCCAGAGUCUCUGGAAGAAGAGGAAAAGGCAGAGAAGUCUGGCAGCGAGAGCUUAGAGAACCCAGACGGAGAGGGGUUUGAGACUGCCCACAGUGAUGGAAAGGAGAACCGCGGCCCCAGAUUGCAAAAGGGAGGCAGUGGGGAAGGUUCAGAGGAAGCAGGCACGGAGAGUUUGCAGCCAGUGGGCGUCAGCGCGAAGAAAUCCGGCAGCGGGGACUCCGAGCGCGCGGCUGCCCUGAGCCCCGAGGACGAAACGUGGGAGGUGCUAGAGGAGGCGCCGCCGCCCGUGUUCCCGCUGCGGCCGGGCGGGCUCCCGCGGCUAUGCGAGUGGCUGCGGCGCGCGCUCCCCGCGGCCCAGGCGGGGGCGCUGCUGCUCGCGCUGCCGCCCGCGUCUCCCCGCGCGGCCCGGACCAAGGCUGCUGCGCUGCGGGCCGGGGCGUGGCGGCCGGCCCUGCUGGCUAGCCUGGCGGCAGCGGCGGCCCCAGUCCCAGGGCUGGGCUGGGCGUGCGACGUGGCGCUCCUGCGGGGUCAGCUAGCGGAGUGGCGACGGGCGCUGGGGCUCGAACCCGCGGCACUGGCCCGACGCGAGCGCGCGCUGGGCCUGGCGCCCGGGGAGCUGGCCAAGCGGACGCGCUUCCCGGGCCCGGUGACGCGAGCCGAAGUGGAAGCGAGGCUGGGCUCGUGGGCGGGCGAGGGCACCGCCGGGGGCGCGGCGCUGGGCGCGCUCUCCUUCCUGUGGCCGGCGGGCGGCGCUGCGGCCACUGGGGGCCUGGGCUACCGAGCGGCGCACGGCGUCCUGCUGCAGGCGCUGGACGAGAUGCGCGCGGACGCCGAGGCAGUGCUGGCGCCGCAGGUGCCCGCGCAGUGAGAGCUGGGCUGAGGGCCGGGGCUUCCGGGUGAGCCCAGGGUCCCAGCUGCCUGGCUCUGCCAGGGCCGGAGGACUCAAGACCCGGUGAGAGGGAGAGGGCUCGGGGUCCAGACUCUAGCAUGGGAUGUCUGGGCCUGAGAGAUCACAGAGCAAGGGGUCCGCCAGUCAGAAUCCUGGGUGCUUGAAGGGAAUGAGGGCUCUGACUAGGGCCUGGAGUGGGUGACGUCUGGUCACCAGGAUUCCUGGGUCCUGAAGGGAAAUAGAGUUCUGGGGACGGGACUCCUGAUUUCUCUGGGUACCGUCAGACUAUGGAACUCCUCAAGGGAGUUGAGGGUUUGGACUCCUCGAAGGCGGCUAUCUUGGUCUCUCAAGAGUAGAAACUGGAUCCAAUAGGUGACUAGUGCCCCUGCGGAGGAGGAGGUGGAGGCCCUGAUUGCUGAUGAAGGCGGUCUCCUUCACACUAGGGAUUCUGACAUGGAGGAGGGGUGGUCUGGGUUCCCCAGGGAGCUGAACUCCUUGGGCUUCUGAGCCACAAAGGGAUAUAAGAUCUAGGUUUCCGGGGGUGAGGGAAGGACGGUUCUCUGGACUCUCAGAACGCCUGGCUCCCCAGAGGGCUAAGGUCUUUGCUUUCUAAUUCAUGGGUGGUGGAAGGUAUCCAUGUAGAGGAGGGAACCGGGUGCUGUGUGAGAGAGCUGGAGACCCUGUGGUCCCUCUUCGGAAACUGAGGGGUGUGAUAUUUGCCCCUCCAGAAGCCUGGGGGCACAGAUUUCUUUCCCCGCGGUUGUGGGCAGGGUGGUACCACAAAACACGAGAGGAAGCAAGAGUGUUCUGGGCAUGGUUGGGCUGGGGAGUAGCCAGAGACCAGGAAUGAGGCUUUCUGACUGUGGAAGGGCAGGAACCCAUCCCUCAGAGGGAACUCCCCAGAAUCCCUAAUAGAUUUGGAUCCUGGUGGCUGCCCUCCUCUGAGUCUGACUGGAAGGGGAUGUGACUGACCCCAUUUUCUAGGUGCUGGGCAGUUAUGGGGCUCUCUGGGGACUCUGUCCCUCUCUCCCUUAGGGAUUUCUAUCGUUCUUGGGUCUUGGUGUCUUCUGUCAUGAAACCUGAACCGUUUCUGGCCUUGCUUUUUUGUAUACCCGCCUUUUGGGAAAUGCAGCUGUACUGCUGGACUAAUCCAAACACUUCGUGUGGCUACCUCAGGUGUCCCCAAGAGAGACACAGAGAAGGCCACAGUGAGCCAGGCGCCCACAGAACAGCCGGGCAAGUGUUCCAGCCCAUGGGAAUGUGUCGCAGGGAGGCAAAGGCAGAAACCACAGUGCCUGGGAUGUUCUAGGCUGCCAGCUACCAGUAGAGGAGAAGUAACAGGUCACAGAACUCUUUAACGCCAAAAAGAGAGAGAAUGGGGCGGUGAGGGGGGCGAUCUGCAGCUGAGAGGCCAUCCAGCAGAAUCUCUGUUAUGUUAAAUGGGGAAAGCAAAGCACAGAGGGGGCAGGCUCUAGGCCCAACAGCGCACAGCAAGUUUCCUCUGUGCCUCUUUUCAUUUCCUGCCCCCUCUCAUCCUCAUCUUCCUUCUGAUGCUUGAGUGGGCCACCUGGGGUCAUGCCUCAGGACCUUUAUAGUUUCCGUUAUUUCUGCCCAGAAUGCUCUGCUCCCAGAUCUACUUGCCAAUCAGAUCUCAGCACAAAUGUCCCCUCACGAGGGACCUUUCCUGACCAUUGUAACUGAAGUAGCUCAUACCUCACUGUUAUUAUUCAUCUUCACUGAGUUGUUGUUGUUUUUCUUUUCCUUGUGGCAAUUAUGAUUUUAGAAAAUUACUUACUUACCUGUAUAUUGGCUGUUAACCCCAUGCGGUACCCUCAGCCCCUCAAAUAGUGCCUGACAUACAGAAGGUGCUUAGUAGAUAUUUAAUUCAUUAAUCAGUGGCAGAACUGGGGCUGGAAUUUAGGUCGUCAGCCUCUUGCCCUGAGACAGGGAAAAGGUGGGAGAUGGAGGAGAAACAAGCAUCUCCUAGGAGAGGAGACACCUGUCGGGGGUCAGGAGGGCAGCACGGCUUUGCCACAUCCCUCUGGGUGACUUGAGCCAGUGCCUUGUGUUCUCACCGUGACAUGAAAGGGCCGGAGAACAAGCAUAAACACUUUCGAGACCCUGUUUCCUUUGACAGCUGAAGACAAGGGUAACCGGUCUGAGGGGCAGGUAGCUAAGGGGUGGUACCCCCAGGUCUAACUAGAAUUCCCACCACUGGCACAGUUUGUCCCAUCGAAGUUGAGAUAGCCCAGAUAGGGGAAAGCACUUCACACUAUACUGGAUGGCUCCAGGCAUUGUCCUCAAAGCUCUUUCGGCCUUAGGAAAAUGUUCCUCAUCCAUCUCCAUGAUACCCAGCACAACACUGUCUCCCCACCUCAACUGUGGUUCAAGCCUCUGCAUCAAGCCUGCCUGCCACGGGCAGAAACAGGAACACAGAGCAGCUAGUCCAGUAGAAACAGAACAUCAGCCACAUGUUUCGUCACCCAGUUGUGUCUGACUCUGCAACCCCAGGGACUGCGGGCAACCAGGCCCCUCUGUCCAUGGAAUUUUCCAGACAAGAAUACUGGAGUGGGUCGCCAUUUCCUUCUCCAGGGGAUCUUCCUGACCCAGGGAUUGAACCUGCGUCUCAUGCAUUGGCAGGUAGGUUCUUGGCCCCUAAGCCACCCGGGAAGCUCAUGAGCCACACAGGUAGCUUCAUAUAUUCUAGUAGCCACGAUGAAAAAGGAAGAGGGAACAGAUACAGAUGACACCAAUUCUAACGUCUCACGUCAAUAUAUCCAAAAUAUUAUUUCAACGUGAUCAAUAUAGGAAAGGCCUUUUUUACGCUCCGUCUUUGAAAUCUGGUGUGUAUUUCUGUAGCGCAUCUCAAUUCAGAUGAUGAAUUUUCAUCAGAAAUACUCAACCUCUAUUUAGAUUUCAUGAAACUCAACAUUUGAAGAAGUCGAUUCCUAUACCCACGCUGUCCCAGUGAUGUUGAAUAGUUUUCCAAUAAUGAAGAUGAGAAGCAUUUUCUAAAUUAAUGAGAAGUAAGUUGCAGGUAAACUUUUUCCCCGUUGCACCACAAACAUGGUGAGUAGACACAGCACUGGAGAAAAACAACAACAACCUUAGUAUCACCAGGAAUUCUGUCUGCAUUGCCCUAGGGCCAGACAGCCCUUUGCAUAAGGGUGGCCUUUUGCAAGUGAGUCACCAAGUGGAAUGUACUGUAGGGUUGUCCUGAGCAUUCCGCGUGGACACGUUUGUACCCCGUUCUCUCUUGUAUACAGUGAUAGGCUCCUGGAAGCCCUCAAGCAUUCAUCUCACCCCCGUGCCUUUGCUCGGGGUGCCCACCUCUCUGACACUAUCUCUAACUUGGCCCUGUCUGACAUCUCUAUGCUAUGCUGCUCUGCCCUCCUGCCAAGGGGACUCCUGCCUGAGAUCAACUCAGAAAGCAACACCCAGUUUUGUUUCCUUGUGGAGUGUGCUGAUUGUGUUUAAGUAGUUGUGUUUCGGCACCCUUGGGGUCAACGACUGUCUUUUGGGAGUGGUUGCCUUUUAAGUCAUGACUUUUAAAGGGAUUGAACUUUAGGCUCUGGAAGCAGGAAGCUGCCAGCGAGGCAUCGGUCUCUGGGCACAUCCAAACAGAAAAGACUGAAGACUCACUUGUGGAGCAACAACUGGCUGCCUUCAGGGUGAGUCUACAUGGCACCUGCAGGCUGGCAGGUCCUUGAAGGCAGAAAUUCUAGGAAACCUAUGAUGAAUCUUGGUGUUGCCAUCGCCAGAAGCAGAGGAGGAACAGAGCCUCAUCAACUUAGAUGAAUUUCCUACUUGUCUGGAUAAUGAUAGACUUGUGUCCAUUGAGAUGAGGAACCAUGAAGCCUGGAGACUCAAGGGUGGGUUGACCUGUGUGCUUUUGGA